UCACAGCAUGACACCAGAUAAAGGGGCGUGACUACUUUAGGGGUUGGGCAGAGGAGAGGUAAAAAAACACAGACAACUAUAUUCUCUCAUGUUUAGACCUGACACAGCAAGACCGCAGCCAUUCCUGAGCUAAACAGACGGCGUUAUAGAUGGCGUACUCCACCAAAACUCUUGCUGCUGGCUCGUUUGGGAAGGUAUACAAGGAGAAGUACAAUGACACCUGGGCUGCAAUCAAGAAGGUGCCACAACACUUAAUCAAUAGGAGAGACCUGGAGAGAGAGUGUCAAGUAUACAAUAAAGCGAUUCAUCCUAACAUAGUGAAGCUUCUGGGUAAUCCAACACUCAAGGACUCUAAGUGGAUCAUCCCCAUGGAGUUCAUCUUUGGAGAGGAACUGGAGACAACCAUCUUCAAAUCACAAAAAUCUAAAAUACAGUUAACUCCAUCUAUAAAGGCCACCAUCAUCACAGGCAUGUGUGAAGGACUGUUUCACCUACACAGCAAAGAUAUCGUCCAUCAAGACCUCAAGCCUGAGAACAUCAUGGUAGAGCAUGACAGUCACAGAGCUGUGAUCAUUGAUAUGGGACUGGCCAAAUUCUUCCGCAAUGGCCUAAAUUCUGCCGUGGAUAUGGGUAACGAGGCCUACUCUCCACCUGAGGUCCUGCAGAGGCGGGGCCACCGAGACCAGCGUUCGGACGUGUGGGCUAUGGGUAAAAUCAUUGCUGAACUCUGUGCCAGAGUCAGGCUGCACACCCCCAGUGUCUGUCCGGCUAAGAUCCAUGAGAUCCUCAGUCUCCAAGGACAGCAGUACUGUAACGCUGUCUGUAGGAUGGUGCAGAGUGACCCCACAGUGCGAGCCACCAUGGCCGGGAUCAUGCCAGAGAUACGAAAGGCAGUGGGAGGUGGCAACACCGAGGAACAACAAAGAGGACAUCUUCCGACACCCUUUCCUCACACUGAGAUAAAAGUCACAUCGCCACAUCCUCAAGCUCCUGUACAGCAAUCACUCCCUCUAUCAAGAGCUGAGUGCGCAGCCUCACCAAGGCCUGAGGUCAAGACGCUAGUGCGAGCUCCUGUGCGAGCGCCUUCUCCAUCGAGAUGGGAGCGUGCAGCCUUGCCAAAGACUGAGGUCAAGACUGAGGUCAAGACAACACUGCAACCACAACCCGUACAGCGUUCACCUUCCCCGUCAAGGUGGGAGCGUGCAGCCUUGCCAAAGACUGAGGUCAAGGCAACACUGCAACCACAACCCGUACAGCGUUCACCUUCCCCGUCAAGGUGGGAGCGUGCAGCCUUGCCAAAGACUGAGGUCAAGGCGACACUGCAACCACAACCCGUACAGCGUUCAUCUUCCCCGUCAAGAUGGGAGCGUGCAGCCUCUCCAAAUCCUGAAGUCAAGAACUCAUCAUCUCCCCUUCCAAAGGUAGACCAGGGUAAUGCACUGGUUCCAUCAGGCAUGGUUCAACCCAGUCAAGAUGUCAUGAAACAGCUUCUCUACAAAGAGGCCUUGAAGGGUCUCCCAUGCCCACUCCCAACAACGGGCAAGGUGCGAAUCUGCCGUUAUCAGCAAAGGAAUGGGGAAGUGGAGACUUGGGAGCAAAAGGAGGUGGAGACUGAAGGAGGGAGGAUAGUCAAGUUUGAGGAUGUGAUGUUUAACAACAAGUCAUAAGUAGGUUAUUGAGAGGUUGUGAAAUAGUUGCGAGUUGAUUUGGCUCUGCUUCUGAAAUAGUUGGGAGUUGAUUUGACUCUGGUCACUCCCCUUAUAUCCUUCAUUGCAAAAGUCUGACAUUUUUAUGGAGAAGGGGAAGAGUAUAUUUGGGAGAUGGGACAAACUAAUGUAAGAAUUCUAACAUCCAGUGAAACUAUACCAGAAGUACUGUGCCUAAAAACAAAGUGGCACAAUAGCCCACAACGUGAGACCCCCCCCCCUAAAAAAGACUAUUAACAACAAAAGUUUUCUUGCACUGGUAAGAAGGAAACCUUUGAGUGAGUUAAGGUUGAGUAAGGAUUUAGGGAUGAUCUUGAAUGUACUAUCACUUCUUCUAAUGCUACAUCAUGUCACAGUAUGGCUACAAUGUUGCACAACUGGUUAGGUGACAGUGUACAUACAGUACCAGUCAAAAGUUUGGGCCCUCCAACUCAUUCAAGGGUUUAUCUUUUCUAUUUACUAUGUUCUACAUUGAGGAGUAAUAGUGAA